AUGAUUGUGUUUACACCGCCGGGAAAAUGCGCUGGAAACUUGUCCCUAUCAACGGGUCCCAUAUGGUUGGAAGAGCCGACGUCUUGUCAGGCGCUGGGUGGCGUUCUAGAAGGAAAAGCGGAGAGCGGAGAAACUCGCGGACGGACCCUUUGUUGGAUGUCCUUCUGUGAAACUAUACGAAUUCCCGGAAAUGCAGUUUUGCCAUCCGCUCCGGGAACUUGCACUUUUGAAACAAAACUUGGUUCAGCGAUAUUUAACAUGCAAGCUGGCACUUGUAUCACGCUGGCUGGGCACAUUGUACGGACGACGACCUAUACCGUAACAAGUUACGUCAACUGCAGGUUUGAUCUCUGCAGAGCAAGCAGAGACAAUAUUCUGCAAUACACCUUCCGUCCAAUGAAUAACGAGUCGUGUGCGGGACUAUCCCCAGAUCACGUGAACUUGAUGCCUGAAGUGCGAUUGGCCACUGUGCCGGGAACAUGUGACGUAAUGGGAGGAAGUGACGCUGGCGUGAUUUUCUAUAACAAAAUAAAUUGCCUGUUUGAUUGGUGCCAAAUUUCAGAAGGCAGCGAUGCAGAGAUCAAUCUGGAUAAGGCUUACAUGCUCAGGAAGUUUGGUGACAGGCGUUGUGCCACACCGCGGAACCGAAUAUAUCUCCGGUAUUCAAAUGGAGCCGAUGCCGCCGGGGAAUGCAGAUCAUUAGGAGGACUUUAUAUACAAGGUGUAAACAUAUCUCAGUGUGUCCUUUACCUUUGCAAGGAAGACGAUCUUAAUAAAAAGGACACGAGACGCUUUGUGUUUAGUGAAAUCGACGGCUGUCCGCCCAAUACGUACUUUAGUAGAGCCAGCAUAUGGGCGUCGUCAGCCGAGUGCCGCUCCCUCAGAGGUGUCCCAGAAACUGAGAACUCAGCGCAACUCGUACUAUGUACUGUAGAUAUAUGUCAGGCUGUUCUAUAUAAUGGAAGGCAGUUUGUUCCACUACCUGCUAAUUCAUGUCCAGAGACGUCACUAAGAGCACGGGCUGCACUGGGCACAGAAGCAUCGCGUUGUAGGAGUUUAGGCGGAGAGAGUGAGGGAACUGUGAAAGACACAUCCCUCAGGAUCUGCUCGUUAAAAAUAUGUCCAUGGAUACCCUUCGAUCUUAUAUUUUGUCGGCAUUCACACAACACCAGUGCAUCGAAUCCCGCAGGAAAGCUGUCCUGUCUUCCUUGCGAUGCCAACGGAGAGUUUUAUGAAGACCCAGCGCUCUGCAGCCGCUACUAUGUGUGUGACGGCAACAGAAUACAGGACGUGGCAAUGCCGUGUGCGCCGGGGACUGCAUGGAAUCAGACGACAAAGACUUGUGACCAUUUAAGGAAUGUAAGAUGCUAA